UUGACCGAUCCUGCACGACAAUAUCGGAAACGCGCGCGAACGAUCGCCGUUCACCGAGUACCUGGCGUACCGAUUGAUCGGCGAACGACAGCGACGGCAGUCGACGUUUCGCGCGGCUAAAAAGUAAACGAACGAAAGCGAGAGGGAAACCCCGCGGGGGUGGUUGUUUUUGAAGUGCAGCUUCGCCAGACAGAGAGAGUGACCAACCGACGGGGACGGGACGAGCGCGAGUCAGGGGCCAAGCGUUUAACCGCGUACACCCCGAGGAGGAUCGACGAGGACGCCGGGUGGUAAGCGCUGAUUGCAUUGCGGUGGCACGAACAGCGAUAAGCGCGCGCCAGUAAUAAGUGAAAUGAUAGCGUCGUUAGCCGUGGCCCGGAGCACGAGGGCUGAUGGUAGCCGCGGCAGGUGUCCGGUCCGGCGCGUGCUGUGAGGCAACGAUGCAAGAGGAUCGCCCGACACCGGGCAAAAACAGGACAGAGAGAAGCGAACGAACGCGCACACAUCGCUAGAUCCCCCAGCAGUAAACGGGCUGGGAAAAACAGAGAGGGACAGAGGAGCUCUCUGUGUCAACCGUACAGCUGAUCGCUGAUAAACAUGAGACUGCCGUAAACGCGAGGCGCCGCGCCGUUCCUCGUUAGUGCUUUGGAUCGCCGGUUCCCGCCAGCCUCUGACCUCUGAGAAACGCUGAUAGCAAAAUGGCAUGUCCUUUUUCACGGGAACGCUUCAAAGCCGAAUGCGACGAAGGAAGUGGCACCCAGGGCAACAGCCGGAGGAUCGCCAGGUUCGGACGGGACGACGGCGGCAAGUUCAGGCAAGCGUCCUUCGACGUCACGUCGUUGAUGAUGCGAGAGGAGAUCGAGGACCCCGAGGACACGCAGACGCUCAACCUGAAGCAUCUCAGAGCUGCCGUUCUCGUGCUGACCAAUCCAUCGAACGAGGUGGUUGCCGUGGCUCUGGGGGCCCUUUUGGUCAAAGGCGAGGAGCAGCUUUUAUUCGCGAGGUCUCUCGAGAAACUCCUGUACAACGUCGAUGCCGAGGAGAACUAUAACUUACUGGAGGACAUUUACGAGACGUUAAAUUAUCACUGCGACAUAGACGUGAGCACGUUUUUCGAUCGCCUCGGCCAGGAGCUGAUCUAUACCGCUUGCGUUGGUCUUCUCGAACGAGCGUUCCGUUGCCUCGGGAACGAUCUGACAGCCUUCCUGACCACACUCGACGGCGUAAACGACGUUGUACAACACCAGUCCGGAUCAGAAGCGGAGGCAGAGUUCGUGUGCAUCGCUACGCCGGAAGCGAUAGAACUGCACUUUACAACCGACCACCCGUCAGUCGCCCAUUUGCUGGUUGGCAGCUUGAAGGGCAUCGCCAGGCAGUUUUAUAACGACAAUGCGAACGUUUACAUUCAACCUGACCCUUAUAAUACGAAAUUUUUUAGGUAUUGUAUCAUCCCAGAACGUUACAGCGGUCAUUUAUUAGUCGAUUCGGAGAUCGACAACCUCGACACGGUCGCGACUCCUUUCCGUCCACUCUCAACAGAGGCCUCGGACCUUCGCAUGGGUGUCGGAAGUUUCUGCAAAGCGUUCCCAUGGCACUUUGUCGUCGAUCGGCAAUUCGAGCUCGUGCAGCUAGGGGUCGGAUACAUGAGGAUCUUCGGCCAUCAUCUGAACCGAUUGGGGAGAGAAAUAUCGACGUACUUCGUUUUCACACGACCACGCGGGGUUACUCUGACCUUCCACGAGAUACUGAAGCGCGCGAACACGCCUUUUGUGCUGACCCUACAGAGACCGCAGGGCGUCGAUAAAUACCCCGCCGAGGGCUUAGAGAUGAAAGGUCAAAUGAUCCAUUGUCCCGAAUCGGAUUCCAUCCUAUUCGUGAGCUCGCCAUUCCUGAACGGUCUGGAAGGGCUGACUGGCAGAGGACUUUUUAUAUCCGAUAUUCCAUUACACGACGCUACGAGAGACGUGAUAUUAGUGGGAGAACAAGCCAGAGCCCAGGAUGGUCUAAGGAGGCGAAUGGACAAACUAAAAAGCUCCAUAGAGGAAGCAAACCUCGCCGUGUCCGCAGAACGAGAAAAGAAUGUCAGCUUGCUUCAUCUUAUAUUCCCUCCAGAUAUAGCAAAACGCUUGUGGCUGGGAGAAAGUAUCGAGGCGAAAACCUACCCUGAAGUGACGAUGCUUUUCAGCGACAUCGUCGGCUUCACGGAGAUUUGCUCCACCGCGACACCGAUGAUGGUCAUCAACAUGCUUCAAAAUCUUUACGAACAAUUCGACUCGUUCUGCGGUCAAUUGGACGUUUACAAGGUGGAAACAAUCGGAGAUGCCUAUUGUGUUGCGUGUGGCCUACAUCGCGAUACCUACACGCAUGCACAACAGAUUGCAUGGAUGGCCCUGAAGAUGAUACAAGCAUGCUCGAAUCAUUUGACUCACAAGGGUAAACCAAUAAGGAUGCGCAUCGGCAUUCAUACUGGAAUGGUGCUGGCAGGGGUUGUUGGAAAGAAGAUGCCGAGGUACUGUCUUUUCGGGCACAAUGUUACUUUAGCGAACAAAUUCGAAUCCUUGAGCGAACCACUUCGUAUCCACGUUAGCCCGACGACACACGUUCUAUUGAAAUACCCGGAAUCAGGAUUCGACCUGGAACCACGAAGCAAAGAGUUACCGAAGGAAUUUUCAGCUAACAUAGAAGGACCCUCGUAUUUUCUCAACGAUUACAAGCACAAGAACGUCGAUGUAAACCUUCCGUUGGAUCUUCACAUACAAAACGCGACCAGAGAAUGGGGACUCGGCGCCAGCAUGUAGAUAUUCGAUACAAAACUAUCCCGACGAGUCGUUCGUGAAUUGUCGCUGUACCAAUUGCUACUGUCCGUAAUCACAAUAAUUUCGGCAACAUCUAUGAAUUCACAAAACCGGCACCGUGUAACGACGCUAAUUCUACCAGCCUGGCGGCGGCCCGCGAGCCGAUAAUAUUUAUA